AUGCUUUUCAUAUUGCGCCAAAACUUUCUGAUCGUUGAAGUGAAACUGACACGGGAGCAGGUGGAUGAUUUUGUGAACAUCCUACUACCCAUUUGCUUGGAUGCCAAUAUCUACACUAACUUCACUGGCAAUGGUCUGGAAGAAGCUAUGCAUUCCAUCCUAAGCCUCGCAGCUCUGCGACCGCGUCUCCUCUUUCCGCGCCUCCUAGAGAAUUUGGAGGCUGGCUUCCUCUCACCACAGCUUCCAUUGCGCAUUUCACGACCGCUAAUGGCCCUUGCUAAUGCUAUAGUCUUCCUCACUGCCUGCGACUUCUCUGAAAAUUGUCCCGAAGCCAUAAAUAUCGGCUGUCAGCCCUGUGACCAGCCUCAUAACUACGCCAUCGAGACUCCAAGGAUGCAGACCCCUGAAUUGAGGAAAUACAUCAAUUCACAUCUCCAUGCCAUGUCAUAUCCCGAGGGACGAAGUUUAGUGCAGCGCAUUUUGCGCUCUUGCCUCACCACUCUCGACCCAAACCACCGUGAUCGUCUCCGCUAUAGUACCUUAGUUCUCAAUACCCUCUUUCUGACAGUACCAAUGCAAGAUUUUUCAGUUGAUUACUCAUCAAUCCUAUCGAAUAGAAUGCUAGCAGAAGGAAAGGGAAAGGAGGAUAAGGAGCAGAAUCUGCGACAUGUGAUGCAACAGUGCUUCGAGGCAAGAGAGGUGGCGAGGUCGACUAUGGGUGUGGAGGAUCUCGUUGUACAGAUAUACUCUCAAGUGUUGCAUAUUAUGGCGAUUGAAAACGAGACUCCACAUUUUCAUGUGGCUGCUAACGAGACCGUACAGAAGACUAGGCGUGCAUGGAACUUGUCUCGCUCACUUGCCAGUCUUGGAGUCUCUCUCGCCAUUUCUGCCUCACCUACUCCACGUCUCCGCAUUCGUCUCGUCAAGAUUCUUACCGACGCAAUCUUUCAGAACCACUGGAACACCGCCAACACUCGUCUUCUCAGUGCUAUGCUCUUCUGGCUCAUCAGUGGUCGCAGAAGCGUCCUCGUUGCUAAUGAAGAUGAACAGUUUCCUGAGUCUAACAUCGCGCUCUUCGCUCUGCGUCAAUUUUGGCCGCGCUUUUUUCAUCUCUUUGAAGAACUCGACAGUGACAACGGUCUUACACAUUCAUCGAAGGUAGAGCCACGUUUCCUGACGUUGCUUGGUGUUUUACCAGCCUAUUUGUGCGCCCUUGUGCCCUCUCAUUUGGCCGCGAUUCAAAAUGAAUUCAUUAAUCCCACAAUUAACAUUCUCUCUCGCCUCUUCACCGUCUCCAUCGGCGCAGAUGGCGGAUUUUCACCGUCUACUGAGCUUGCUCAGGCCGCCUCGGAGUGUGCCAGUGUGCUAAUUUUUCGUCUUAUAACGUUUUCUCUCAACUUCGACAACGUAGACAUCUUCAACUCGGGUGCGCAUUGUCCACCUACCCAAUCAGCCUAUCUCGGCGAUCCCCUGUGGACGCCGUAUGUUGGAUGGCGCGAAAUGAUGGGUCUCUCUCAUUGGAACUGUCCCACGCUUGAGUCCUUUGCUGUAGCCGAGCGGGUCGUUCGUGCGGUGUUUCUACCAACUCUCACUAAGGUUUCUGCUGUCACCCAAGAGCUACGUACUUACGUUACAGAUGAAGUAACGGCGACAGGUGAGGAAAGUCAGAAGAACUUGCCUCAAUUGCCUUGUACUUCGGGUCAAUUAGGCACCUCAUUGCAGCGAGUGUUUCUAAUCAGCCUAACUACCUGGAUGAAGAACAUUUCUGCAGGAAUGUUUGAGGGUCUUAAACCAAGAAUCAUAGCCCACGCUGAUACUGAGUACGUGAAAAAGGUGUGCACUGAGUUAGAGGUAACUCAGGCGGACAUAUUGAGCUCGCCACUGAAUGGCGCUUGCGUCGACUUCAAACUCAACAUUCCCUUUUUUGAUGUGCCCUCCGAGUUGGAUGGAUUUUGUCUACGGGAACAAAUUUUCCGCGUUGGCUUGGAGUUUCUGGACGUUUUUGCCAAACUCUCCACCAAAAUUGAUGCGAAUUUUGUGAAUUCAUCAGUUCGAUCGAGUGGCCAAAGUGUAAUUGGCAGUCUUUAUUGCAAGGAAAGCCUUGAAGGUAUUGUGGAUGUCGUUCUCACAGCUUGUACUAAUGGUUCUUUGAAGUCAUGGGAACCUCUGGGCACCUGCAUUUUCUCCCUCCUUGAAACCAACAUUUGUAGUCGCAACGAAGUUGUAUUUGGUGGAUCUUCUAUUUUGCCUCUCAAACUGCACAAAAUCUGUGGAAUUUACGGCGCUUCAAGGACGCUAUUGACGGCUUAUUCGGAUGGCGAGGCACCCUCAUUACGGUGUGGUGGGGGUGGCUGCCUCGGCUUGAGCUAUUUACCCCUAGCCUGGCUCGUGUGUGCGCUCAAACAACAUACAAACUUUGUAUCCCAUGCCCUGCAGUCCGCUUCCGUCUGGCCAGGCUCCGAAGUCACUGCACUGUUUACGUACUGUCGACUUCCCGCUGAUUCACAAUCCCUGCGUCUCAUCGAGGUAUGUGCUCGCAUCGGCCUCACCUCCAACAAUAAGGGCACCUUUAAGCUAGCCCUGAAGGUCUUCAAAACACUCGCUGGUUUCUGCAUUCCCGGGGCAGUCUGCUUGGUUGCACGCCUAAUCAUUGAUACGCUCAAAAAACGAUGUGGCUCCACCUUUCUCAGUAGUGAGGAUUCAGUCUAUCGGGUUCAGAAGUAUCGCAGAAAAAGGGCAGUUUUCAUUCUGAAUGAGCUUCUCGGAGACGUUCACUUCAUGUGGGAAAUGAGUCUAAUAAAUCCCCGGCUUUGGGCAGAGGUCUGGGUGCUGUCUGCCAAGUCGACACUUUUUCCUACCAUAAAUUCUUGCUCCACCUCGGACUCGUUGACGCUACCAGGACUCUCGCAGUUCCAACUGACAGAGCGUUAUAAUGAUCAGGAAGAAAUUUGUCACAUUCUUAAGGCAUCUUUUAAUUCUUUACGGAACCACUACUUCCCGCUUUACUUUCCUGCUUCCUUCGAAUUAAACGCCCAUCCAAAAAAUUCGCCUCUGUAUCAUCUUAUAACGACUGCUUUGAGCCUCUUCAGGGACUUGGGUGGAUCAGAAGCAGAUGUCGUGAAGAAAAAUCCGUUUUUGUUAGUUCGCACCAUGGCUCUUCGUCGGGAAGCCUACAGAUUCCUCACAAAUGAGCUUUACGUCGAGUGCCUAAAGGACGCAGACACCACAGCCAAUUACGCGACACUAGUGCGAAUCCUUUCUUGCUAUCCCUUCAUGUGCGACUCUUCAGACAACGCGGUAUGGGAGGCAGCCCUAUCAAAAGAGUCGGGAGGCGCCGAGUUCAGGCUCACUGCACCACCGCCACCACCACCUUCCACAGUUUUGGUGGGUAAGGUGCUGGACUUUCUCACCUCCCAACACACUAGCCUCGCCUUUGCUGCAUCCGAUUUUAUUGCAUGCUACCUCCAACUCUUUCUGCUGCGCUCGCACCCCUCUGUCCACAUCCUUGUCGAUCCCAGCGCGACAGAUUUGCCAGACCCCUGUAACAGCAGCGUUCCUGGCCUUAUGCUCGAACCUUACUUCGAAUGCCUCUCCUCCGAGGCCAACUUCACACGCGCUAAUCACACUUACAAUCUCAGUCAGCCAUUCUUUUAUUUUGAAUCUCCAAAGACUUGGGUGGAUCCUCUCUAUACCCCAAUCUAUCCUACCUUCUCGGGCCCUGACGAGAGUGAGUUGGCAACGUCUAGUGAUACUGACGAGUGGCUGAAACCGCGAUCAGAGAUGGACUAUUCGCUCCUAUCCCCGGACGACGUGUAUGAAUUGCGCUCAGGUCUCAUAGCAGUUGCUAAUCACGUUGCGAAGCGCGAGUUCUGGUCCCAAUUAAGCCACCAAUUCCUCUCCUUCCAUCACUGUGCUGAUGCAAAAAUGGAGGAAAACGUCUGGACCCUCGUCUCUACGUUAGCUGCAGCAUUUGGCCCUCGACCUUUCUUACAACGUCUGGAGGAUUUCAUCAUGUCAUUGAUUCAGCCAGCGCUUUCGGAGCAGAUGAAUGGCGUGGUUGAGUUUGUAGGCCCUACCUUGGCUACCCGUGCCCUACAGGCACUUGUGGCAGGCUCGAUCGACUGGCCUCGUGAGGCUCGACUAGCUCUCUUUGCUCGCGUUGUACCUCGCCUUUUGGUGUCGAUUGAGGCAGCCUCGCAGCUAGCUUCCACUCAGCCCAUCCACGAGGCUCUCCAUGGCAUCACCUUUGUCACUCUUGGCACAGCUUUAAGCGCCGUCGGUGGAUCUUUUUUAUUUACUUCUGGUACAACACCACAGAACGAAAUUCGUGCCCGCGAUACCGUAGUGAAUGAUCGUCAAGCGUAUAGGAUACUCUCUGAGACUUGGAAUCAUGGUCAUGGCAUGAAUGACCAAAAUAUUGGUGACUUCAUGAUUUCAGAGCAAAAUAUUGACUGUGCAGGUCCUAAGAUUCGUCUUCCCUUCCCUAUUAUGGUCUUCCUGAAGAACUAUGCAAUUCACCGCCUCCAGCACUUUAUUUACCUGCCAUAUAUUUGGAGAUUCUUUCGUGAACUCGCUUCGACUGCCAAUGAAAAGGAGCAAAGACUAUCUACUUCAUCUGAGGUUAGUAAUAAUGGGGAGGAUCCAUCAGAGCAAUGUGACCAUCGUGUUCCUGCUGGGUACGGUGAAUGCCCUGUGUGCAUGGGGCGGCGCCUGUUUCCGCUCCUAGAUCAGCGUCGCGCCUUGAUGCACCAAGUGUCGCCUCUACUGAUGCAGACAUUACAGUGGGAUGCGUUGCAUCUUUUGAAGCACGUUCAUGCAGCAGAAGAUGAUGCAUGGGAGACCCGUGCCUGUAGCGUCUCCUUGUGGACUCGCGAACUUGCCAUUGCCACUGUAGGGGUUCUUGUCUCUGCACAUUUCGACGCUACCCUCGCUGAAGCGCCGCCUACUCUGCGCCUCUACCCUGCAACCCCUGUAACCGACCUCCCUCAGGCCUUUGAGCAUCUUGUUUCCUCUCCCUUGGAGUCUAAACUGAUUCAGCCUCUCGCCACUCUUGCCGCUACUGAACUGCUCACCAGCGCCGUUAUCGGACCGAAGUUCGUCAUGAGGCGUUUUCUUCCAUUACUUGUGCGCGACUCAUUGGCUGUCUUGGUCCUCAAGGGGGUUGUACCUUCAAAAAAGAGUUUCGCUCUACAAAAUGACCUUUUGGAGGAUGCUGUCGUAAAACUCACUCCUGUCACACUGGAGCUGUUGAAUUGUUCCCCCAGGAUGAAGUGGCUGGUUUCGCAACAGAUUGAAGCACGCUUGAGCACAUUAUUCUCAAUUCUUUCGAGUGUUAUCAACGGUGCUUUCCCUGUGAACCCUACCCCAGGUUCGGUGAAUUCGUCCCGUGAUGUUGUCUUUCUCCUUAUUGCUCCCCUCCUUGCAGACAUCGUGUCGAGCAGUGAUUUUUUCUGGACUGCUAACAGGUCGACUGGAAACGAAAAUAGCAAAGAUGAGCUCAACAAGCGCAUAGCCACUGCGCUCUUUUCUUUCUAUAGAAACGUCCUAAUGGGUCAUACGUGUGUAGAAUUGUCUCUAACUCAAGCUAGCCAUAUGCUGGACUUUGUGGGAAUCUUCUUGCUUCACAGUUCCUGGAAGACCCGUAUAUGCGGCCUUAAGUUGAUGCGACGUUUAGUUGUCUUUAACAUUUGUUCCUUCUGGCGAUCUGAUGAACGCAGCAAAGAUCUUCGUACGCGCCUGAAGGGCUAUCUUGAUGAGGCUCUCACUGACCCCUGGGUUGAGGUUGCUCGCGAAGCCUGCGAAACUAUCGCCUUCAUCCUGCAACUUGGUAUCUUUAAGUAUGAGGAACAGUGGUUUCGCCACUUAGUGAGGGAGUCGCGGGUGAAUUUGGGCUCACAAAGUGACAAAAAAGACGCAGAGGAAGGGCGACGAUCACUGCGCCGUCGGCACGCAGGAGUGCUGGGUCUCUGUGCUUUCAUAAAGGCUCGAGUGCAUGACACGCCCGACUACCUUCCUAGCGUGAUCACUGAGGUAGCGGAGCACGCGCACGAUCCCCAGCCUAUCGCCAAGUCGGUGGCCGAUACUCUUACAUCCUACUCCCAUAGCCACUACUGGGAUCGAGGCAAUUUCUCAGAAGCGGAACUCGAUGCCUAUCUCUCGGUGGUUCCAUCCUUCAAUUACUAUGUAUGA